UGUGGCUGGCUUGUCACACAAAUUUUCUUGAAGCAGUUUAAAUGUGAUGUGGGUUCGUACUGUGCUGCCAGUAGUACUCGUCAAGCUUUGUUCGGUGGACACUGGAAUGAAUGUGCCACAAGAGCUUUGGCUACUGCAUCUCUUGCUUCGGUGUCUGAAGAUCUGCCAAAGGAUAAUUCCGUCUCUGAUAUGUUGGUAGAUUCAUUUGGAAGGCUUCACACAUACUUGAGAAUAUCUUUAACAGAGAGGUGCAAUUUAAGGUGUCAGUAUUGUAUGCCAGCAGAAGGUGUGGAACUCACUCCUAGCCCUUAAAUUUUGACAAAUACUGAGAUUCUGCGAUUGGCAAAUCUGUUUGUAAGCUCAGGGGUAACUAAAAUACGUUUGACGGGUGGGGAACCAACUGUUAGAAAGGAUAUUGAAGACAUAUGUUUGGAAUUAUCAAACUUGAAGGGACUGAAAACAUUGUCCAUGACUACCAAUGGUAUUGCCCUGACGUGAAAACUUCCAAGGCUGAAAGAUUGUGGACUUACUUCCCUCAACAUUAGUUUAGACACUUUGGUACCUGCAAAGUUUGAGUUUAUGACCAGACGAAAAGGGCAUGAAAAAGUAAUGAAUUCAAUUAAUGCUGCCAUAGACCUUGGAUUUAAUCCAGUUAAGCGUCAAUGUGUUGUAAUGCGUGAAUUCAACGAUGAUGAGAUCUGCGACUUUGUGAGUAUGACCCGUGAAAAGGCAAUUGAUAUUCGCUUCAUAGAGUUCAUGCCUUUUGAUGGGAAUGUUUGGAAUGUCAAGAAACUAGUACCCUACUCAGAAAUGUUGGAUACAGUGAUGAAACAGUUUCCAAGCUUAAAAAGAGUUCAGGACCACCCUACAGAUACAGCCAAAAAUUUCACAAUAGAUGGGCAUGAAAAGGUAGUUAGAGUUUCGGUUAUCACAUCAAUGAUGAGCAUUCUGUGUGGGUGCAAUAGAUUGCGACUACUAUGUGAUGGCAAACUUUAAAGUCUGUUAUUUGAGCUACCUUCGGAGGUUAGUUUAAGAGAUCCCUUGAGAUGUGGUGCAGAGGAUCAUGAACUUAGGGAGAUAAUAGGAGCAGCGGUAUGCACUUCUUCUGAUUACUAUUGCUAAAUCUCACUUGUGUUGUAAUGAUUUAUAAUUCUUUUGUUUCUUUACCAGGAUUUAUCAUCCUCUUAAUAUGAUGAUGCUGCAAUAGAAUUUCACUCACUGCUAUUUUAAUUUAACAUGCUAGUGGACCUUUAUUAGAAAAGAUAUACUUUAGGAAUAAGAGAAGCAUAGCAAAGGACAACACACCCCUCAGCCUAACUGAUAAGGAGCUGGUUAGAGCUUCUGUAUAUGUAUGGAGAUAGAAGGGUGGGUGGGGAUGAUAUAAUUAGGUAAAGUUUAUCCUCAUUUGGUAAUUGGUAGAUCCUUUGAUAAAGUAACUAUCUUAUCAUGAUGCAUUAAUAUGAUACAUGUAUCGGGAU